AUGGACGAUCUCCUUCCAUCGUACGAGAGUGUGAUGCGACGCGACCCAUGGAUACUCGUCGCACCAUACUUGCCUUCCCAAGACUUGUGCUCCGCAGCCUUAGUCUGUCGGUCAUGGCAUGCCAUCUUCACACCCAACCUUUGGGGAAGCCCAGCAUCGCAUUUUGGGGUUCAGAAUGAUACUGUAUACGUGGCACUAACGCGGUUCAAACGUACCCUGCCCUACGUCCGGCCCUUUGUGAGAGAGCUCACCCAUACCCUGCGCUUCCCACCAGCGCAUGCUGAGAUUUAUGACGGCCCCCAUGCAGAGUGGCUGAGGGACUGUCUUGAAUAUCUGCCUCGCUUACAGUGUCUGAUCGUCAAUGGUCUUCCGUUUUUCGACCACGCAUGUCUUCUUAGUCUGCGGUAUCCGAGCCUUCGAUUGAGGUCGAUACGGGCCAACUCAUUUCCUGUUUUCGGACUGCGACUGCUUGAUGCUUCGGGAUGUACAAAUGCCACGUCGACCGGCCUUGCAGAGGCCUUGCCGCAUUUUCCAGAUCUUGUUUCCCUCGACUUAUCAAAGACCCCAGCUACACGAGACAAGGCGGUGCUGUCUGCUCUCAGACACAUUCGCAACCUGCGCGUUCUGAACCUCCGAGGCCUAGGCUUGAAGGACGAAGACUUUUGGACAGUUGCGCAUUCAAUCAGAAGUAGAGUCAGAAGCCUUGACAUUAGUGAUAAUUACUUGACAGAUACCAGCACUCGGCUUUUGCUUGAGCUCUGCCUGAAAGAGACGGUCAUUGCCCCACAUGCCUACCGGGGACCGUUGGCACCUGUUGAGCAAGAACAAACAGACAAUGAAUUGGAUUUGUUUGAGUCUGAGAAUCUCGUAGGCCAUCUUCGCAAAAAGCUCACUGAGGGAUUUAUCGGCACUCUGACCAUAGAGAAAACGAGAGAUGUCGGAAUCUCAUAUCUUUACCUAUCCAAGAAUGCCAUCACCAUUGAAGGAAUCUCGGGCCUGUUGCGGUCAGGACGCCUGCAAGUCCUCGACGCAGGUACAUUGGCUGCUACCAUCCGUAAUCCCUACCCUACAGACCCGGGGGCAGGAGAAGAUGACAUGGAGCUACCCAGCGUUGCAAAGUUGAUCCCAAUCAUAUCCAAAUUCGCGUCGCAUAGGUUGAGGUACAUUCGACUCAACUAUCAGGUUGUGACAGGAGAUGCAUACCUCGAGCUGGCUACACCGCCGCGUGUGGAACUGUGUGGAGAUCCCGGCAUUUACAACUCCGCUGCUCAUGAACUUGAGGCUGUCGAGCCACGGACGGCUGAACUUCACUCCGAGUCGGCAGUCGUUCAUGAAAUGUUAGGAGACUUGGCACUCCCGGUUGAACUCCACGGUUCAUAUCCAUCAGUUAGGCCUCCCAAUCAUGCUUCGUCGAGUACACAUGCAGGUGGUUACGAGGACCUGGCUCCUCAACCAUCGCUAAUCAAACGACGCACUGCGAAUACUCCGGAACCAUUAUUGGUGGACCCGCUAACCCCAAUGAGGUUACAGGGAACGUCUUCUCUCUAUCUUGACGACCGAAGAGCUCGCUUAGAACACCGCCAGUCGCAAGAACGGUGUUUGCAUCCUGGCAUGGUUCCAAAUCUGCACACUCUGGUCUUGACAGACGUUCCCAUCACAACUGAGAAGCAUGUCGUAGACCGCAUAAUCCAGUUCAUUAAAGAUGCAGCUGAGGAGACGUUGAUUGCAAAACACCAAGCAAGACACACCUACAUGCUCCCUCCAGGCCGCAGACGUGCUGUCGCCGAAGAGGAAUAUGCGCGCGGUCUGUUUGCCCUUCGACGCAUCGUGUUGGAAAUGGCGGCGCCGCAGUCGGCGCCCAAAAAGAUAUCCACUAGCUGGCGCGCAUAUCCCACCAGGUCCACUACCGAAGACGCAGACUCGGAAGCAUUCUGGGAACAAGCAUCGCAUGACUUUUCCUUCUUUGGCGACCAGGAGUGUGGCCAGUUUCCAGACAUAGAUCGCACACUGCCCCUGGCAGCCAUGAGCGGACUGGAGCUUGCUGGUACUACCAAUCCCAUGCAGCCAGUUCCUGAGUCUACAAUCGCUGAAGCUGGUGCUAAAAGACUGCUUGAUGUUGUUGAAGAAGUGGCCAAGUUCCGCAGAGAAAGGAAGGCUGCUUACAGUAAUCUGGUGCUGAUGGGUCAGGCUGAUCCAGAUCUUGAAGGCUAUUGGCCGGGAGACAUUACGGUUAUGAGAAAACCGGUUAACCCGGAGGCUGGAGAGCUGGACUGCUAUGGCAAUCAUUACGAAUCAGGAUGGUUUUAUAGGUAGCUGGUCUGGAUGGGUAGCAAGUCACUGCGUAUUCAAUGUGCCUCACAGAAUCCAACAUCUCCUGUUCACCUGCUCAAACGCGUACCCUGUACACUCGCAGAAGCUA